AGAUUUAACACAAGCAAAUUUUCAAACCAUGGCUGAUUUGCAAGAAAAUCUUAUACUUCUCCUUAUCUGGCUAGCCUCUAUCAUUUUGGUCGGAACCUUCCUUACCAAAACUAAGACCAAAGUUCGCCUUCCACCGAGCCCACGAGCGCUACCGAUCAUUGGACACCUCCACCUCCUUAACCGAAUCCCUCACCAAGCUUUUCACAAGCUUUCGAACCAAUAUGGACCUUUAAUAUACCUACUCUUUGGCUCCAAACGUUGUGUGAUUGUUUCCUCGCCGGAAAUAGCAAGAGAAUUCCUAAAAACCUAUGAAACUAGUUUCUUGGACCGCCCCAAAAUGUCUAACGCAGACUACCUUUCAUAUGGCACAGCGGAUUUCGCUUUGGCACCCUAUGGACCCCACUGGAAGUUCAUGAAAAAGCUUUGCAUGACCGAACUUCUAGGCGGUCAAACACUUGAGCAUCACUUACCGGUCAGGUGUGACGAACUAAAGCGGUUUCUGCAUCUAUUAUAUAAAAAAGCGAAGGCCAAUGAGGCAGUUGAAGUAGGAGCAGAGCUUAUAACAUUAACGAAUAACAUGAUAUCAAGGAUGGCACUAAGAAAAAGGUUUUCGGAAAAUGAAGACGAUGCUGACAAAGUGAGGAAGAUAGUGAAAGAAAUGUGUGAGCUUGCUGGUAAGGGUAAUGUGUCGGAAAUGAUAUGGUUUUGCAAGAAUUUGGAUUUGCAAGGAUUUGGGAAAAGGCUUAAGGAUGUUCGCGAUAGAUAUGACACUAUGAUGGAGAAGAUAAUGAAGGAACACGAAGAGGCAAGGAAGAAGGAGAUGGGUGAUGGAAUAAAAGAUGUACUUGAUAUUUUACUUGAUAUAUACGAAGAUGAAAACUCAGAGAUCAGAAUGACCAGAGAAAACAUCAAGGCCUUCAUUAUGAAUAUGUUUGGAGCUGGGACAGACACAUCAGCUGUGACAACAGAAUGGGGACUAUCAGAGCUAAUUAAUCACCCAAAAGUGAUGGCUAAAGCAAGGCAGGAGAUUGAUAUGGUUAUUGGGAAAAACAAAAUUAUAGAGGAGUCGGAUAUAGUUAAACUUCCCUACAUGCAGGCUAUAGUGAAAGAAAUACUGAGGCUUCACCCAACUGGCCCCUUAAUUGCGAGGGAGUGUACUGAAGAUUGUAACAUUGCUGGCUAUGAUAUUCCAGCAAAAACCCGGGUUUAUGUAAAUGUGUGGGCUAUUGGAAGGGACUCAAACCACUGGGAGAAUCCACUUGAGUUCUCACCGGAGAGGUUUCUUAUUGAAGAGGGUAGUGGGAAUAGCCAAUUGGAUGUGAGGGGGCAACACUUCCAUUUUAUACCAUUUGGGAGUGGAAGAAGAAGUUGUCCUGGUGCAACGCUAGCAUUGAAGGUUGUUCAUACCACACUGGCUGCAAUGAUUCAGUGCUUUGAAUGGAAAGUUGGGGAUGGAGGAGAUGGUACUGUGGACAUGGAAGAGGGACCUGGGAUAACCCUUCCUCGGGCUCAUCCUCUAGUUUGUGUCCCUGUGGCUAGGCUCAAACAAUUUCCACCAAUUUGAUUUAUAAUUGUGGAUGCAGCUUCUAAUAAUAAUUUGGUUCAAGUUUGCAAGGCCUAGGCUGCACUUAAUAAUGAUUUUUAAUCGUUUCUUCGUGUGAGAGUAAAAUGUUAUGUCGUUGACUGUCAAAUACUCCAAUGUGCCAUCAGUAUUUCAGUUAUAGCAAGCCAGAUUCGAGGCCUGCACAUAACAAUAAAGCAUAGUUUUGUGUGUGUGUGUGUAAUGCUAGUUAGAGAGAAUAAUCUACCUAGUAAUGGUACCAUUCAAAAUGGAUUUGUUCUGCAUUUUGAAUUUCCAAAUCUUAUGAUGAACAAUGUAAGUUUCAUAAUUUCAUGGAAGGACAGUCCAAUUAUCCUCUUA